AUGGCUAGACCCCCUGAUAUCAGUCAGUUGCUAUCGGGCACUGAUAAAUCUGCUAAUGGAUUACAGGAGUUGGAAAAGCCCAAAUUCUUGACUAAAGCUCAGAGACAGCAGUUACUUUUAAAUAAGAGUCAAAAGAGGGAGGAUAUUAUUCCUACAGUGGUGAAACCGAGGAAUAAGGAAUCUGAAGUUAUACAAAAAGAAGAUGAAGAGUAUUCGCAGACUAGUAGACCUAAAUUUAAUUAUGAUACGAACGAACAAGAAGAUACUCUGUCAAACUACGAACCGAUAGUUAGUAUUAGGGCGAAGGAUUUAAUGCAAAGACCAAGGGAUUCUAUUGAACAAUUUUAUAUGGGAAAGCAUUGGACUGAAAAGACCAGACAGGAAAUGUCCGACCGAGAUUGGAGGAUUUUUAAAGAAGACUUUGGUAUUACCAUCAGAGGUGGAUCUGUGGAAAAUCCAUUGAGAUCGUGGUAUGAACUUAAGAAUGAACAAAUGGCAGAUGCAAUUGUUAAGAAUUUGAAAUACCAUGAACCUACACCAAUUCAAAGGGCUGCUGUACCGAACGUUUGUAAUAAGAAGUUUAGAGAUUUGUUAGGUAUAGCGUCAACGGGUUCAGGUAAGACUUUGGCAUUUUUAAUUCCGAUAUUGAUGAAAAUUGACCAAUUACCAUCUAGACCAUUGGUUUUAAAGAAAAUGGAUGGGCCCCUAGCGUUAAUCUUGGCCCCUACAAGAGAACUAGCGCAACAAAUUGAAAAAGAAGCAGAAGAAUUGAUUGAUGCGUGGGGUAAAAACUGUGAAGUAGCGUCUAUUGUAGGUGGUCAUUCAAUUGAAGAGAUUAGUUUACAAGUGUCGCAAGGGACUGACAUUCUAGUUGCAACGCCUGGUCGUUUAAUUGAUUGUCUAGAAAAUCAUGUAUUGACGUUGGGUAAAGUGGAAACAUUAGUACUGGAUGAAGCUGAUAGAAUGAUUGAUAUGGGGUUUGAAGAGCAGGUCACUUCGAUCCUUGGAAAUUUGACCCAGAAGCGGCAAACUAUGAUGUUUACCGCUUCGAUGACUCCAGGUACUGAAAAGAUUGCAGCAGGCUACUUGAAGAAUCCAGUACGAGUAACGGUCAGCGGCUCACAAGGAUCUACACCAAUGAUUCGACAACUUGUUGAACAUAUCGGUAGUGAAGAACAGAGGUUCCAGAGAAUCGUUGAAUUUUUACCACAAUAUAGAGCACCGAUUAUCAUAUUCAUUAAUUACAAGAGAGCAGCAGAUUGGCUUGUACAAAAAUUUUACAAAGAGACUCAAUACAAGGUUACAGUAUUAUACGGAUCCAAAUCACAAGAACAAAGAGAACAGUCUUUGCAAUUAUUGAGAAAGGGUAAAGUGCAAAUAAUGAUUGCUACUAAUGUAGCAGCAAGAGGUUUAGACGUACCUGAUGUGUCUCUGGUAAUAAAUUUUCAACUUUCUAAAACUUUUGAAGACUAUGUGCAUAGAAUUGGUAGAACUGGUAGAGCUGGUCAUGAAGGUACCGCUAUUACAUUUUUAGAUGAUGAAGAUCCAGAAUUGGUAAAAGAGUUGUACAAGUACCUGCAAGAGAAUAAUCCAACUGGUGCAAACAACUUUGCUCCUCGAUUGAAGGAAAAAUAUAGAUUAGGUAAAAGGCGUAUUGAAGAAGUUUUGUAUUGA